AUGACACACUACUGUAGUGUAUUCAAAAACUCAUGUCUUAGAGUGCCAGUAGAUCCUAUAAGUAAAAUGCCAAAAACAGCUUACGAGCGUAAGAGCAAACCAGUGCUUGAUCAAUGCUCCAUUGAUUCUCCAUCUACAGCAUGUUCCGCUUCUCCAGACGUAGACGCGGAAAAACUAAAAGAUUUCUAUCACAGCAUUCCUGAUUACAAUGAUAUAAACCAUUUACCCGAAGAGGAAUUUUAUUCCACUCUAAAACUAUUGAGAGAAAGGAGGAAAAGGUUGCUGAAUUUAUCAGUGGAUCAUAUCGACGAUAACUGUUUCGAUAAUAAAUACGUCGAUAAUGUUUAUGACAAAGAAGAUGCACCAAACUUAUUAGAUGAAAAAUUAACAAACAAGCAGGUUAAAUCCAAAUUUAAUAAUACAUUAAGGCGACGAUACUCGGAAGAUAAAAAGGCUAAAAUUAAUACGUCAAAUAGAAACGAAAAACAUGAGAGUAGUUUGUUAAAGGUAGAUACGGUAACGACAAAAAGAACUUGUAAUAAAAUAUCAGUAAAUGAGUUGGAGAAGAAUAUGAUGAACGAUAUAAAGGUGACGCCUAUCAAGACAAGUUCUAUUAGGGAUAAAAAGAAAUUCGACCGGCCAAAUAGAAACCAUUCAGCAUGUUCUAUUUCAUGGAACGAUAGUAACAUGGUAACGAAAAAUGAAAUUGAUAGAAAAUUCGAUCAGUACUUUGAUAGAAAGAAACAUAAUAUUACCAAUAUUGAGAUAGAAGACGAGUUCAAAACGCAAAGUAUGCCAUCUAGUCCUUUGAGAACAAAACGUAAUAUAUCUCCUGUAAGGAAAAAGAAUAUCACUAUUCCAAAGCCGUUUAAGAUGACCGAAAGGGAUGAAGAAGAUCGUAUAGUUCAUGAGCUGCGAAGUCUCCAAAAAUCGUUUUCUGAAGAUAUGUUGCAUCAGAAGUGCGACAGGAGACAAUUCCGUGCCAGGCCGGUGCCUAUAGAAUCACGCAUACCUCUUUACGACAAAAUCCUUGAAGAUCAAGCCAUGAGGAGAGCGAUUACGAAGAUCAACAGUGAAGCAGAGCUAAGAGCACAAAUGAAGCCUUUCAGCUUUACGAAACGAGAAGAGAAAUGUAUUGGUCAAGUAUGCGAGAGGGUUACACACAUUUUGCCGAAAAGCAAAAAGAAGAAACGAUUUCGGGCUAGGCCUAUCCCUAAAGACUUAUUCUCUAAUUAUUUUUAUGACAAGGUUAAGGAAGAUCAAUUCUUUAGAAAUAUGAAUCGUAAAAUACGUGCUGAAGAAUUGCUUCGUGUUUCUAAUUACCCUGGUACAAUGGCUACUCGUGAUCGCAGUCGAUUGUCCACGCCGGCAGCUCACAGUGAUUUGCCUAUAGAUACGUCUCGACCAAUCCCCUCAAUCACAUCAUCUGAUAGGCAGCGAUGUUCUAGCCCUGUAAAGGGUAGAAGAAAAGAAAAGACUUUAAAGGAGGAUUUGGUAACCACUAGUCCUCAACCUUUUAAGUUUAGCACGGCUGAUAGGGCAGCGAAGAAAAUGCAAGAUGUUGCACGGAAAAUGUAUCAGGAGGGUACUGAAAAUAUUGGUAAUAGCAUCUCAAAUGCUACACCAGAGGUUCGAGCGUAUUCAGCUUUAGAUUUAAGGACAGCCGCUUCAGGCAGAUCUAAUCUAGCGGCUAUGUUGAGAGCCGAAACGGUUAGACGAAAGUUUGAAAUGGAAGCAGCAAGGCGAUUACAAGAGCAACGCAGGAGAUUGGAGAUGCGGCACCGCGAUAGACUUCUGAGAUCAAAACCUGCGUGGCAUUUAGUAAAGAAUAAUCAUGAAGAAGAUAUCGCUAUGAGACUACAGACAAGACGGGAUGAAGAGAAAAUGAGAAGAGAAGAGUUCCUUCAUGAAAUGGAAUUAAUGUAUGGUCGAGUUCAACAACAACCUAUGCUCUUUGAGAGGUACUAUGCACCAAGAUCACAUUAUUUAUCUUCUGAAACUCUUCAGUUGUCACCGAGAAAGGGAAACAAAAAACGGAACUCGAAAAGUAGGAGUUACCAUUUUAACAGUCCUUCCAGAUCCCGUAAAGUUUCCAUAAACGAUAUGGCUGAGACAUUUAAUGGAGACGUAUCUGAGUAUUUAAAUAGAGUCGGUGAUGAUAAACUUUAUUCAGAUUCUGAAGUGGCAAUAGAUAGCUUAGAUGGUGGUAAAGUUUAA